AUGGUAAGGGGCCAAUCCGGAGCCAGGAUCGAUCUAGCCCCUAACAAAAUGGCCACUGCCCCACCACCGCCUCCUACGCCCUGGAGCCAGGGCCCAAAAAUCGACCUUAUCGCAGGCGAAGGCUUGACUUCGGUAGUCGGAAGGUGUACAAUGAAAGAAGCAAGCAGCCGCGAAGAAGGUGGCACCGAGGCUGGCCUGUUAGCCGCGGGAAUGCCGGGUCUUUUGGCUCUCCAUGGCAUCGGGGGUGGAGCCCUCUUUUCGCAUCCAUUGCUUUGGGCAGCACCCCCACCUGAGACAGGAGGUAGGAAGAAGAAGGACGACGAAUCCCCUCCUGGGAGAGAUAGAGCCUUUGUCUGCCUCACUUGCAAUCAAUCCUUCAAGCACAAGCAUGUUCUUAAAAAUCACGAAAGAACCCAUACAGGAGAACGGCCGUUCGAGUGUCCUGAGUGUCAUAGAAGGUUUCGAAGAGACCAUCACCUUCGCACCCAUAUACGCACACAUACAGGAGAAAAACCAUAUCAUUGCGACCAUUGUGAUAGAUAUUUCGUGCAAGUAGCCAACCUGAGGAGGCACUUACGGGUACACACCGGGGAACGGCCUUACGCUUGCCAAGUUUGCUCUUCGAGGUUUGCAGAUUCUAACCAACUCAAGGCUCAUUCUCUUAUUCACAAGGGAGAAAAACCAUUCGGCUGUGGCUUGUGCGGUGCCAAGUUUAGGAGGAGACACCACCUCCUCCAUCACAAGUGUGAUUCGAGGGAUAGAAAAGCGCAAGCCAUCGUCAAUGUCCUUCCUGCAUACCUCUCUUUGCCUGAACAAACAGAACCUGAGGACCUGUCGAUUAGGCAUAAGAAUAAAAACAUCAACAACAAUAACCUCACUAUGACUGAAUCUGAGGAAGAGCUUUCUGAAGAAUGGGAUGGUGGUUCACCUCUUUAGUUACUUAAUAAUUAUUUUUUUUUAUUACAGUACUAGAAGUGCCUCAACGAUACCAUCAAAUUUUAAAGAAAAAUAUUACCAUAAAUUAGAGUAUUCCCAUUUAAAGGAAAUACUUUAAAAUAAUUUUUUUUCUUUAAGUAAUCACAUUUAAUUAUAUUGUUAUACUCUUAUAUAUAUUUUUUAUUUGAAGUAAAAUUCUAAUACUAAUAAAAUGUUAGGGCUGUGAUAUUUUUAUCCAUGUCUUUAUUGAUAUAUUUUUCUCCCCUGGCAAGUUACAGCUUAUGCCGCCAUUUGCAAAGACUAACUAAUUAUCAAUUAGUUUUUUACAAAAUUGCCAUUUAAUACAAUAGUGAUGUUCACUAGUGGUUCCAGGAUAUAAUUUUUUGGGAGGGGACGUCUUCAGCCCGAAUGCUUAGAUAUGUAUAUAUAUAUGUAACGAUACUUUCUUCGGAAAAAAAGAAAGAAACUAUGCAUGAUAUGGUGUUUAGGUGAUUCUUGAAGCCCUAUUAAAUGUAAUUAUAUGAACAAUAAUACUUUUUUUAGAUCAUUUAACUAUAUUUAUUGAUAGAUAUUACAAUCUGUCACAAAUAAGGACAUUUAUAAUAGCGUUCAGAGAGCGCAUUCACGCUCUAUUUACAAUAAAUAAAAACAAAUAAUACUAAAAGUAAAUGUAUAUAAACUAAAACAAACAAAAAUAAACUACACUAAUAAAAACAAUUACGUACACACAUACACACACGCUAAUACUUUUUUAAAUAUUUAUUAUAAUCCAUGAUUAUAUUUUACUAUUUUGGGAGGGGCUUCAGCCCUAAUUUUUUAUUAUAUUGUUUUAAUACUAUAUUGCAUUUUAAAUAAUUUUUUAUAUGGUGGAUGGUUGAUAAAGGGCUACUUGAGGUACUGUUAAAAACGACUACGGGUAUGUACCGAUUUCGGUAUAGUCAUUUCAUUUAUUUUGUUUUCUAUUAUAUAUAUUAUUAUUAGAUUAUAAGUUCGUUGUGUAUAUUUUUUUCUUCCAUUAAUUGCAUUAUUUACGUAUAAGUACGUAUUAUCAAUACAUGAAUAAUUUAAAAAUUAUAUUAAAAUAAGAAUAUGACGAAGAGUUAUAAAUAGGAAUUAUUGUACCAUGAGAGAAUAGUACUGAUUAAUGAAAUAAAACCAACAUAAAAAGUAUUUAUUUUUUAAUAAUUUUAUAACUGUAUAAAACAGGGUUUUAUUUUUGUUUUGAUAAAUAAAGGUUGUAGUAAUUAUUUGUUGGUGUUAGUGUUGUAAGUAUGUGCAUUUGUACUAAUAAGCGGUUACUUUACUGAAGAGAGGUAAAAACCAGCAAAAAAAAAAAAUCUUUAAUGGAAUAUUUUCGUAAUGCUAUUGCACUACGGCUCCAAUAUGGAGAGAUAGGACUGGAACUGACUUGAACGGCAAUCGCGACGGGUUCCUAUCUGCCAUUUCUGUCAUGGUUAAAAGUAAAAAAAAAAAUUCCAUUUAGUUUAUGAAAUGAACAUAUCAUUGAUACAAUAAGGCUGCAAACAACUUCACCAAACAUUUGAUCUUGGUGAAGCUGUUUGCAGCCUUAUUAAUGGAUGCUCAAUUCAAUUAAAAAAUACUUUAUAUAUCUAAAAUACCAAUAAUUUUUAUCUUCAUGAACAUACAGUAUCAAUGAAUUCAGAAAGUUGUUUUGUAAUUAUUAAUAAUUAAGGCUAUAAUAUUCAAAUUAAAAAUUAAAAAAUUAAGAAAAUGUCAAGUUUUGGAGAGAUGGAAUUUACCUCGAAGAGGAGCCUGGAACCCGUAUCGAAAGCCAUUUUAGUGUGUUUCUGGUCCAGACACCAUGUUAGAGCCGCAGUGCGAUGGUAUUACCAACACUUUUUUUGGGAAAAAUUAUGUUUUUUUUCAACUUUCUCAAAAUUCCAUAGAAUUUUUCAUAAUGAUAAGUCUUGAUUAUACAACUGAAUUAUAAAUUCGGUUGUAUAAAUAAUUUUGAGCUUGAUCAAUGUGUACAGACUGUAGCACGGCUAGAGCCGUGUACCAUACUGGAUGCGUGCCUAAAUCAAUUGAUACACCUACUGCCGAAAUAAUUAGACAAUAUAUGUUACAUGUAACUACCAAACUAAUGAAAGACUGAUGUGUAAUUAUGCUGUAAUAAUUUGUAAUAUUUAAGCUCAUUACUGUAUAUUUUUUUAUGUGCCCAUGAGUAUUUUGACCAAACAUGUCGUGCCAAUUUGUAAAGAUUAUAUUUAAAAAAAUAAAAAAUGCUAACACUUA